AAGGAACGGUAAAAAAAGAAAAGAAAUCGGUGGAGACUGACUUGCAAGUAAUGCACCCGGUCCGAGACCUGAUUCGCACGAUCGGGGUGGUUUGGGCCAUGUCUCUCGUCUCUCUUCCUCGAGCCCCGUGUCCGAAUUCAGAAGUAUACUGUCAUGGAGGGAAGCGGGAAACUCAGUUCACGGGGGAAAUGGCGUGAGAUAGAGGAUGUGACCACUUGGCCGCCUAGCGCUCGAUGCCUCUAUACUGGACUCGGUUGGCGUCUGCGAGCCGGCCAUUCAUGACGCCGUCCGCGCUCUCCACCUUGGGGGCCAAGAACAUCUCAACUUUAGUUUAUUCAAGCAAUUUGCUGCUGGGAGGGGCGCCUGCGAAACGCGCAUUGGCUCACUCGUCUGCGCUAUUGCGGAUGGCUCGGGAUGCCCUCGCGCGGUGUCCGUCCGUUCUCAGGGUCCUUCGUGGAUCCUUUGGGCAAUCCUUGCUCGUAUUUGCUCGGCUCCUGACUAGAUCUAACUACGUCUGGCCUGGGAAAAGACGAUGCCUGCCGGUAGGGCUUGGGUCAGCCUCUGUGAAGGAUCAAUUGUGGAAUUUCGAAUUUGAUGCUGCGAGGCUUAGCAAGGUGCCAGACUAAGGAAUGGCUAUCUGGAGUGGAUGAGCUUUUGUUAUUCUUCAGGAUCAGAAUCGUCAUCAAAGCCACCAAGGCCGACACGUUUUUCUUUUUUUAUCCCCGUUAAGCGUCUGCCUGGGACAGAGGGCCAGAACCCUGUAGGCUCGUACUCAGGGAUCAUGU